AAGGCGUCAGAUUAGAGUUUAAAAACGAGUCAGGAGGUUCACGGAUAAGCACGAAAUGCAGACUCUCGAGGAGUACCUUGGCAACGGUGUUCUCGCGGGAAGCAGUAAGGUCUUCACCACAAAUGGCUACGACGACGUCCACUCGCUCAAGUCCAUGACCAAGAACGAUAUGAAAUCUCUCGGCCUCACUAAACAGCAGCAAAAUGCCUUGGAGCUGAGAGCUUUCUUAGAUGAUCGCGGGCUUUUCCAGUACGCAGACGCCUUGGAGGCAACUGGAAAGACUUUGGCCGAUCUCCGCAGGGGCAGCUCGUCCGUCUUGAGCACCCGUUACGGCAUGAAGAAGGGACACGCUGCUCGCUUCAUGGAACAGGAGAACCCUCUCGAAAAUCGAACCUCCAUUCGAGGGUGCUGCUUUUUCACGUUCACAUGUGUGUGCAGUUGAGGGCGCUUAGCACGGGAUGUGAAGAGUUCCCAGUUAGUAAUCUGGGAGCUUGUUAGAUAUUUAAGAACGAACGCUUACACUAUGCUUCUAGUUCUCCAAAGUCGUCCUCUAGAUCAUCGCCGCUUUUAAAAA